AUGGACCAUGUUCAACCUGACAUGUCCGUUCCGGAAAAACUUGUUCGCCGGCAUUCGCUGACGUCGAGAAUUAAUAUUGACCGGACGAAUGCGGAUAAGUCUCCGACCUGGAAGCGACGAUAUCAACACUUAUCCCGUUGGCAACUUGAGUCAUGCCAAGGAAAUCUCGUGUCGAUUUGGCGACACUCCUCAUCGCGGUUUGGCGCUUCCCCGCCCACCACGAUGUUCUGUCUCAUUUCAUCUCUCGCAAAGGUUCGAGAUCUUCAGAACUGGUGGAUCAUGGUAGCCGGACAACCGCUGACUGUGAAACUGGCCAUCGAUAAUAAUAAAUCAAUUCCGAAUUGCUUGAGCCCGAAAAUGGAAAACGGCUCAGAACCAACGACCACCGCUGAACCUCAGCAUGCGGCCCCGAUUUCUGACGUCCCACUCGAAAUCCGAACAUCAAGAUUGUUCAUGAGACAUUUGGUUCCCGAGUUGGAUGCAAACGAUAUAUUUGCUAUCCGUUCACGGAUGGAUGUCAUGAAGUGGAGUAGCACUAGGGUCCCUGACGCCGACAUCGCUGCCACCAAGGAACAUCUGCUUAAGGUCAACCGACCGGACGCCCUCGGUUUAACUGUGUUCGAAGCUUCCAAUUUAAGCCGGGCGAUCGCGUGUAUUGGCUUCUACAAAAGAAACGACGGGACCGAACUUGGAUACCUCUUACAUCCCGACUACUGGGGGAAAGGAUAUGCAACCGAAGCCGUUCGGGCCGCCAUCGACGUAUGGUGGGGAUUUGCUGCCACAGUUCACCCAGAGAAUAACAGUGAUCCACUGUCAAAGCCUAAGAAUGACUUGGUCCUGCAUGCCGUUACCGACGCUUUAAAUGGGGCCAGCAAUCGGGUUUUAAUGAAAUGUGGAUUUAAACAGGUCGACAAGCGUGUGGAUGAACUUGGACCCUGCAUCAUGUGGGAGUUGCAUAAAGAAGCCAAACUGAUUGGUUGA